AUGUAUGAAAACACGGAGCCGCCUCAGUGGCAUCAGUCCACGGUGCUCGGAGGAGGCACAACUGGACAAGCCAGGACUGGAACAAGGUCCGGACCAGACACGAUGGGGGGAGCAAUGGGACCGGUCCUCCACUGGCUACACGAUGUGGCGGCUGUGACUCUCCUCAAAGCCCGGCGGACUUUACUCCAAGCUGCCGUCCUGUUCUGCGUCCUAGUUCUGCUGCUCUGGGUGUCCAUCUUUCUCUACGGGAGUUUCUACUACUCCUAUAUGCCCACUGUGAGCUUCUCCACACCUGUGCACUUUUACUACACCUCGGAUUGUGGUGCCUCAGAUUCAGCUCUCUGCUCCUUCCCCACAGCCAACAUCUCUUUCAUGAAGAACGAGAGGGAUCAGGUGAUGGCCAAUGGUCAGCCCUACAGAGUGUCCCUGGAGCUGGAGAUGCCAGAGUCACCGGUGAAUGAGCAGCUGGGUAUGUUUAUGGUCAAGAUGUCUUGUUACACCAAGGGGGGACAGACUGUCUCAUCAGUGGGCCGGUCUACCAUGCUGCACUACCGCUCCAACCUCCUGCAGACCCUCAACACUCUCCUGUUCUCUCCUUUCCUCCUGACUGGGAUGACUGAGCAGAAGCAGCUCAUAGAAGUGGAGCUCUUCUCCGACUACAAGACGAAUGCUUAUCAACCCACAGUCGGUGCGGUCAUUGAGAUCCAGUCCAGACGGGUGCAGAUCUACUCCUCCCAGCUUCGCAUCCAUGCCUACUUCACUGGCAUACGAUAUGUCCUGUACAACUUCCCCCUGACGUCUGCGGUGAUCGGCGUAGCCACCAACUUCGCCUUCCUCAGUGUCAUCGUGCUGUUCAGCUACCUGCAGUUUGUGUGGGGCGGACUGUGGCCUCCAGACCAGGUGAGAGUCAAGGUCAUGAUGGGAGAUGACACCCGCAUCCAGCAGAGGAAGGAGAAGGCCCGGAAGCGCAUGGAGAAGGAGAAUUCGCAGAAGGAACUCGGUGCCCCUAUAGUGAUCGGAGCUGUGAAUGAGGCGUCUGAUUUCAGUGGAAGUGACACCACGGCAGAGCAGUCAUCAAAGAGCCCCUCUGUGAUCCCGGACGCCUCUGAGGAUGAUGCGCCAGACGACAAAAACGAGGAGUCUCAUGAUGCUGAGGUGAACAACAGCUCGUUGAUUGAAGGUCUGCCAACCCAACCUGGUGAGAUGGCACUUCGGCAGAGACCCGGACCCUGGAUGAGCCUGUGAACCACGCCGCCUUGCACAGUGUCCUAAUGUCUCAUCACUCCUCAGCAGCUUGAAUGUGAUUCAGCAGACAUUGAUAGUUAUUGUUUCAGUUGAGCUAAAUUCACACGCAUGAAAAUAUGUUACCUGUGUUGCUUUUUGCUAGCAGUCUUCAGCUUAUUGUCUUGAUAACAGUUUACCUUGUUGUGACUUUGACCUCUGUUCAUUUUUCUGAAUGCAGCGCUGUUACGUUAAGUGUCACAUUUGUGCCAUUUAAGUUUUGCUGGUGCCCACAUCAGGAGGUGCUACAUUCCAGUUCUAGCUUGUCUUGCAGUGUUGUCUGUCAUCAGCAAUAAUUUAACACGCCCUUUUAAGAACCUGCUUGUGUUUUUUACUGUCGUGAUCUCUGUUAGGUGCUGUUUCCUCCCAUCGCACCAACAUUCCCAUAAGAACCCAGUCACUCUAUUGAUUGGAACUCCAGGAAAUUAAACCCGUUUUUGAGUGAAGAUGCCCUGCAGUCGGAAUUAAGAUGUAACUGCUCGUGAUGCCUUUUUCUCAGAGGUUUUUUUCAGAGUGAUUAGAUUAGGGAAAUUUGCCCCGAAAAGGAGUCUUUGUUUUUAGUAAUGUCAAAGAAAAAAAAAGUGGAUUUAGUCCAGACGGACAGAUUAAAGCAGUUUAUUGUAUUUCUUGUUUUUCAUGCUAAAUAGAUGUUCUGUCUCAGUGUGACUUACUGCUGGGGCAUGUUUCGUUAAUGCUUUAGCAAUUUUCCACAGUUGGUGUUCAUUCCAUGAAACCUUUGGAGUUAGUGUUUGCUUCUGUGCAGUUUGCACUCGGCACUUUGAGGUUCUAAAAUGCUAUUUAUUUUCUGUUCAUUACAACGAAGCACCAAGACAUUUUAGAUGGGUCUUUUAAGUAAUAUAUGCUUACUAAUAAGUGUGGAACAUGUCUGUAUUUAACAUUAAUGAGCAUACAGUAUUGGAAGGAUGAGUAAAGUUACUGUUUUGAAGUAAAUGGCACUUGAAUUGGAGGUGAUGCAAGUUGUUUAUGGCUCAACCUCCACUUCAGGGGACCUUUGGGUUUAAGUAAGUUUAUGUGAGGAACUGUGCAAGGGGUUCAUGCAGGAGUUUGUACCAAAGAUAUUCUUUAAUAUGAUGCAUUCAUAAUCUGUCAUCCUCUGAAGAUAUGAGUAAAUGUUGCACAUGCUUUGAACAAAAUAAAUAAACCUAGAUCUUU